GCUCCUGCAGAUGCCAAAGGGACCAUCCGGGAAAUUGUCCUGCCCAAGGGCCUGGACCUGGACCGGCCCAAGCGGACCCGCACAUCCUUCACGGCCGAGCAGCUGUACCGCCUGGAGAUGGAAUUCCAGCGCUGCCAGUACGUGGUGGGCCGUGAGCGCACUGAGCUGGCCUGCCAGCUGAACCUCUCAGAGACCCAGGUGAAGGUCUGGUUCCAGAACCGCCGCACCAAACAGAAGAAAGACCAGAGCAGAGACCUGGAGCAGCGGGCGUCCUCCUCGGCGUCCGAAGCCUUCGCCACCUCCAACGUCCUGCGGCUGCUGGAGCAGGGCCGGCUGCUGUCCGUGGCCUAG